AUGCUAAKUUCUACGCGGGCGGCAUGGAAAAAAGCUGCCGCCGCCACCAUCUGCCUCCAUGGCGGUGCGAAACGACUAGUACAAACGUCCUCCUUUGAGAUAUUCCGCGAUGUCUCCUCUCUGCGCGACCACCGGCGCCAGCUGCAAAAACCAAUGCGUACAGUCGGUUUAGUUCCUACGAUGGGCGCCUUGCAUGACGGUCACAUGUCUCUGAUUCGACAAGCGGCUGCCGAAAACUCGGAUAUUUUUGUGAGCAUCUAUGUCAAUCCGACUCAAUUCGGAGUGAACGAGGACUUGGGCAGUUAUCCGCGAACUUGGGAGGCAGACUUGGAGAAAUUGGAGAGGCUCAACACUGAACUAAAGGGAGGAAGUUCGGCCAGUGGCUCAGGAGGGGGUACUAUCACCGCGAUUUUUGCGCCCACGGGUAAAGUCAUGUACCCAACACUGCCACCGUCCUCAGAAAUCAAUGGUCAUGGAUCCUUUGUCACAAUCACACCGCUUGCUACCAAGCUAGAGGGAGCAUCUCGACCUGUUUUCUUUAGGGGUGUUGCGACAGUCUGCACCAAAUUAUUCAACAUUGUCAAGCCGGACCGAGUGUACUUUGGCCAGAAGGAUGUGCAACAAUGUGUUAUCAUCAAGCGAAUGGUCAAGGAUUUUCACAUUGAUACCGAUGUACGGAUUGGACCCACCGUUCGCCAACCGGAUGGACUGGCAAUGAGUUCGCGGAAUGUAUAUCUCGGCAGCCGUCGAAGAAACGUUGGCCUCGUACUAUCCCAGGCAUUGCGCGCUGCAGAGAAAGCUUUUAGGGACGGCAAAGUUUUCCGGCAGGAUAUACUAGGGGCUGCGACGGAAGUUGCAAAUAACAAACUAUUAGAACAAAAGGGAUUGAAGCCAUCGGAGCGGGCGCUGUUUGAAGUGGACUACAUCUCCCUUGCGGAUCCGGAAUCGCUUGAUGAGGUUGAUACGAUUGAUGCUCGUCGGGGAGCUAUUUUGAGUGGCGCAGUGAAGAUGUUGCCGAUUGAAGAAGCCCAAACAGGUGAGAAGCUAGGGGUUGGCGACGAUAAGAUUGCGGUGCGUCUGAUCGAUAACAUCAUACUGUCGCCGAGGGAUUGA